CUGCAAUGGCCGAUGAGUCGUCUGUUUGACAGGCUUUCGCAUAGCAUAAACAUGGAUUACAAACAAAAUACAACAAAUCAUGAGUGACGACAUAACAACCUAUAAAGAGAAUGUUCUCAACAUACUAGGCUGUCGUAUCUACGAGUCGAAAAUUUCUAGAAAAUACAUCUGCCGUGUAUGUUUGGCAAUCCUGCUGCUGAUCAUAGGAAUUAAAUACACGAGAACAAAGGAUCCGACACCCGUCAAAGUGCAAGUCCAGCAAAAGGGUACAACAGAAAAAAUAGACGCAACAGCAAAAGAGUCUAAAAUAGACACAACAGCAAUAGAGGCUCUCCCGUUGAAGGGUUACAUUGUUUACUACUGUGACGUCGAACAUCCGGGAUCCUGUGGGGGAUGGUCGGAUCGCAUGUCGGGAAUGUUCAGUGUCUACGUCAUUUCCGUUAUACUCCGUAAACAUUUCCUCAUAAAGUACACACGAUCUGGUGAUUUGACAGAUUUUCUUGUUCCGAAUUCUUUUGACUGGAAGUAUAACUCGUCAAUACUAACGGGUAGGACUUGGGAAUAUCAUGAUUUAUUUGCAAAAGUUCCAAAUGCGAUCAAGAAAAGGACUCUUACUGGUCUUAAAAAUCUAUUCUCUAAAGAUGUCAAUUUUAUCCGUAUGAACUGGGACUUCACAGUGAACUUCAGGAAGUUUCGAGGUUUACAGAAAGUUAUUCCAUGGCUGUUGGAGUUACAUUUUUCGGACAUUUAUUUAAAAUUUUUCAAUACCGUUUUUAAACCUUCAAAUAUGAUCACUAAAGCAGUAAAUAAGGUUGUGCAAAAUGUAACCAAACUUGCAUGUGCUCAUAUUCGUAUGGGAGGGAGUGCCACGAUAAGAGGAGAUGACAAGCAUACGGACGAGAAACAACUCGAACACAUUUGGAACGCUCUAAAGACAAUGGAAGCAAGUAAUUAUAGCAUCUUUAUAGCGACAGAUGCAGAUUUCGUGCGGGAAAGAGCAAAGUCGCUAUUCAAUCAUCUUCUUGAAGUUGAAGGACGAAUCCUGCAUACAGACUGGGGUGCCAAAGGGGAAGGCUUGAAAGGUGGUUACAGAAAAGUAGUUGUGGAUUUUUUUGUUCUCACAAAAUGUGAUGUUUUAAUAUUAACGAAGAGUGGUUUUGGAAUUAUGUCCGCCUAUCUCAAUACCAAGAGCUCCCAAAUGUACUGCCUAACGCCAAACGAGCUCGUGCCCUGCUCCCGUUACACAAUCCAUACCUACUUCCCCGGCGAUUUACUCUCCCCUUACUAGUAAAGUGGUACUUGUAUGUAGUACUCUAGUAAAUUUUUGAAACCAGUAAUACUGGGUAGUUUGUUUCCCAUCUUUUGUUUGUAUAUGUGAAAUUUAGCAAUUAGUAUUAUUGUAUUUAGAGAGGUUAUUUCUUGUCUGUUUGAUACUUUGCCUAAGAUUUUGUCACCAUUUUGAAGAAGUUAUGUUUAUACAAAUGUACUAAAGCUUGAAGCAAACGACGGUCAAAUGUUCACCUGUCCUGUGUAAUUGUAUCUAUAUGUCACGUACAGUAUAAAGCA